AUGUCUCGUGAACAAGUUUGGGAGCUUUACGGUGCUUUCCUCAUCGAGUACACUAUGGAGAUUGGCUGGGACGAGUUGAUGAGAGCGAUGAGUCCGAAUUUAAAGGGUUUCCUUGACAAUCUUGACUCAUUGCACUACUUUAUCGAUCAUGUUGUCUACAAGGCGAAUCUCCGCGGACCAUCUUUUCGGUGUGAAGAGAACACGGAUGGGAGUAUCACAUUGCAUUAUUACACUGGUCGACCGGGUCUCUACCCGAUUGUGAAAGGUGUGCUUCGUGAGGCGGCGAAACGUGUUUUCAACAUUGACAUCUCGUUGUCGAUUACGGGAAGAACCCAACGAUCUGUUCAUAUGUCAACUGGAGAGAAAAUCGAGGAACACGUCAUUUUUUUGAUUAAGACAAUUGAAAAAGAGGGUUCUCCAACGACGGAUCUCAUCGGAACCACCGGUCGAAUGUCCCCGAUUGGACGCGAUUUUAAACUGCGAUUGAGUCAAAGGGAUUUUAUAAACGCUUUCCCGUAUCAUGUCGUCGUCGAUCAAGAUUGCAAAGUGAUGCAAGUGGGGAGAGAGUUG